GCCGGGAGGUGUAGUCCGCAGGAAUCCGCCAUGAACGCGGCGGGAGUGAGGAUGGUGGUGACCCGCGCCCGGAGCCGGGGGACCGGGGCCAGCCUGCAGGGGGGUGGGGAGAAGGCUGCGCCGCUCCGGAGCGGAGAGGCGGCUGCAGAAGGGAGGAAAAGCUAUGGCCCCGUGAAGCGUCAGCGGAAGGCACGAAGACUGAGUGUGGCCUACGAGGCCUCAGAAGGUGAGAAAGGCGAGGGGCCCGAGCGUCUCCAGGCACCAUCCUGGGAACCUCAGGACUGGCGGCGGCAGCUGGACAACAUCCGGACCAUGAGGAGUGGGAAGGACGCGCCUGUGGACCUGCUGGGGGCUGAGCACUGCUUUGACCCCAGCGCAUCCCCAAAGGUGCGGAGGUACCAGGUGCUGCUGUCCCUGAUGCUCUCCAGCCAGACCAAGGACCAGGUGACAGCGGGCGCCAUGCAGCGGCUACGGGCCCGGGGCCUGACGGUGGACAGCAUCCUGCAGACGGACGACAGCACGCUGGGCGCGCUUAUCUAUCCCGUGGGCUUCUGGAGGAGCAAGGUGAAGUACAUCAAGCAGACCAGUGAGAUCCUGCAGCAGCGUUACGGUGGGGACAUCCCAGCCUCCGUGGCAGAGCUGGUGGCGCUGCCCGGCGUCGGGCCCAAGAUGGCGCACUUGGCCAUGGCGGUGGCCUGGGGCACCGUGUCAGGCAUUGCAGUGGACACACACGUGCACAGAAUUGCCAACCGACUCAGGUGGACCAAGAAGGCAACCAGGUCCCCAGAGGACACCCGCAGGGCCCUGGAGGAGUGGCUGCCCAGGGAACUGUGGCGCGAAAUCAACGGCCUGCUGGUGGGCUUCGGCCAGCAGACUUGCCUGCCCGUCCACCCACGCUGCCAGGCCUGCCUCAACCGGGCCCUGUGCCCAGCUGCACGGGGACUCUGAGGGCCUGGGGCCUCUGCCCGGCGCCACUCUGGCCACUGUCUGUCUGUGCCUUUGCUGGGGAGCCGUAGCCUGUUUAUAAUAAAGCUUGGGGGUUGUUUGUA